CCCCCCCCGCCUCCUCCUCCUCUCCCGAUCUCUCUGUCCUCUGUCCGUCUGUCUCUUCACUUCCAUCUGCUCACAGGUUGUCUUUAUUCCUCUCACCCUUGUCUCUCACCCUGAUCCUCAUGGUUUCUUCCUCUUUAUUACACAUACACACACAUACAUGUUCCUCCCCCGUUUCUCUCCCUUAAAACCAUGUUCCUGUCCUUUGUCACCUUGACUCCCCUGCCCUGUGUUCUCUCCCUCUCUGGAAGCCUGCUUUUCCUCCUGACUUUGUCCCGCCCCCCUUCCUGGCUCUGUCCCCGGUGAGGUGCCAAUGGGACUGGACUGGGUACGGAGUCCCCAGUCCCAGGCCAGGCUUGGCGGGCCCUUGGCUCUGGGGGUUGCCCUCCGCACCCCCUUCCCCGGCUGCUGCUGCCUCUCCUCUCUCCCCACCCCACCCCCUCCACCCUCUCACACCAGCCUCUCCUCCCGUUCCUCCCAGUCUCCCCCACAAGAGGGGGAGGGCGCUUUUUCCUUCCCUUCCUAGCCUCACUCUUACUCUUUCUCCCCUCUGUCCUCUUUCCAUUGGUUUUUUUCACUCCUCACUCUCUCCCUCCGUCUUCUCUCCCCCUUCCUGGCCCCCUCCGUCGUCCCAUCCCGGCCUCACGCCCUCCCUUUGCUCUGGGAUGGCCGCCAACCUCCCCCACAUGCCUCACCGCUUCACUCUUCUCUUUGUCUCUCCAUUUCUCUGUCUCUCAGAGUCUCUUCCUCCCCCACCUGCUCCCUUGCCUGGGGUUGGUUUGCAGCCUCUCCCUCCCCUGCCCUCCCCAUCAUCCCCGCCCCAGUACCCCCAGCGGCGGGGAGGCCCCUCUGAUGACCGGCAGGGCAGGGGCGGGUGUCUCCACGUGCGGGGGGUAUUUUUAUCCUGCCUCGGAACAAACGGUCCUGUGAUUAAUGUUCAGUUUCCAAAAUUCAUUUCAUGUCCUGCCAGGUCCUGGGACCAUCAGCUGCACGUGUUUGUCCGUCUGCAGCUCGUGGUUCACUGGGGACGCGGGGACACUUUUCUGCGAUUUGGAAGGGGCGCAUUUUCCCUCGGGAGUUGACAAACCUGCCCUUCCCUAGUCUGUCUUCCUCUCUCCCUCUCUGACUCUCUUUCUGUCUCUCCCUGUCUCUGUCUCUUUCUCUCGCCCCACUCUCCCUGUUUCUAUCUCUCCUUGUCUCUCCCCCCUUCUCCUUUUCUGCAGCCGGUUCCUUCCCUUCCCCCUUUAUUUCCCCACUGCAUCCUCUGUCACACCUUUGGCUUUGUCCUGUCUCUUUUGUUUUCCCAGUUGUCACUCUUUUCUCUCCCUCGGUCAACAAAUGCCCUUGGGUGGCCAGCCGGCGUUGAGGAGGGAGAGGUGUCCUCAUAGGUGGGGCUGGGAUCUGAGGAGCCACUGCCCACCCACCCCUGCCCUCCCCCUCUCCUCAUCUGGCCUCACUUUCCACUCCACCUCCACCCCUCCGUGUUCCCCUCUCCCUUCUUCCUGCCACAUGGUCCUCCAUCCAUCUUCCCCUCUGCCUGAACCUGCCCCCCCCCGACUCCGCCCGUGUGUGUGUGUGUGUGUGUGUGUGUUCAUUCGUUCAUACGCGCGUGCUCUGACCUGGUGGGAUCCUUCUUUCCCGCUUCCAUGUCUCCACCUCUCUCUCCCCUUCCCUCCCCCUCCCUCCUCCAUCCUCUUCUCUCUCCUCUCCUCAGUCUGUCUCUCUUCCUCUCUCCAAGCCCUUGUUUCCCACACCUGUUUUCCCUCCCUCUUUCUCUCUCACAGGCACACACACACUGCUCAUCUUUUUGCCAUCUUCCCUCCAUCCUUUUCUCUCCAUUUGGUCUCUCUAUCUGUCCACCGUCCUCGCUCUCCCCUUCCCUUCACUCCCGCAUUGGACUCUCUUCUCUGCUCACUCCCCUCCCCACUUGGCCCCCUCGCGUUUCUCUUCCCGCCCUCCCCUCCCACGCCUCUCUGCCCCUGGCUUUCUCCCCUCUUCUCUCUCCCCUUCCCUCUGUUUCCUCGAUCUUGUCUUCUCACCUGUCUCCUUCAUUUUUCUACUUGCUCUGCAACCCCCACCCCGCGCUCCCUUUUUCUCUCUUCCUUCCACACCAUCAGCCUCUUCCUCUCCUCCCUCCAUCUCAGCCUUUCUCCUGGUUCCUCCCCUCUGACCUGCACUCCUCCUUUCCGUUUCCUCUUCUCAGUCUUCUCAUCCUCACACUCCUCCCCUCUGCGCUCCCUCGUCUCCCCUUUCCUUCCUGUCCCAUUCCUCUCCGCCUUCUUUUUCUUUCUCCCAUCUCUCUCUCUCCUCAUUCCUCCCUUCUCUGAGUCUCCUGUCCUUCCUCUCAUCCCUCUUCUCCCUCCUCCCCGUCCUCUCCCCAGUUUCUCUUUCUUAGCCCCUCCCACCUCCUUUCCGUCUCUCUCCCUCUUUCCUUUCCUUACUCCCUGAAUCUGUCAUCUCUUCUCUCUCUCUCCUGUCUUGGGAGGCCCCUGCCAGCACCCCCGCUGGCCCUGCACCCUCACCCCCAGCUCCGAGCUCCUCUCCUGCUCUGCCUCCCUUUCCCUCUCCCGCCCUAGAGGCACCAAGGCUUCCAAGUUCUGAGAGGCCAGGGAGUCCACCCGGGGGGUCCCAGGGCAGGACAGCCCAGCCAGAGUCCCUGAGGUGGAAGGACUUUUGUGACACCCAUUUUCUCUCUCUUUUCUGUCUGUCCUGGACUCUGGACACUGUCUGGAGGGAUCAGGCCUGCCCCAGGCCCAGGAAGGCGAAAACGAGAACCGAGCUCAGACAGGGAGCAAGCUGCCUAAAGACACACAGCAUGCCGCACGAAGCACAUCAGCGCUGGGAGGACCUCACCUGACCCCCACUUCACGAACAGAAAAUAGGUGCCCAGUGUUCCUGAAGACCAGCAUCUGCUAGGACAGAGGCUUCACAGGAACCCCAACCUUCCCAAAGGACCAACAGUGCCCCCUGCUGGACACUUUUCUCCACUGAGAGGGACCACCUAGGCCUGACCUCCCCUGUAUCCACCUGAGAGCCCAUUCACCCAUACCGGGUGUACUCUUCCAUCGCCACCUGCUGGCAAAGGACAAAACUGCAACCCAGCUCUAUUACACACUGGGAAUGGUCCCGACAAAAAAAGGACAGUGCCUGGGGGUGGG